UCAAUUCAACUCGAGAUACAAAUAAAAAUGGUGGUUCAAUUCUUAAAACAUUUUGUAGAUUGAAAUAAAUUACUCACAGCAAAAGAAACAUAUUAGAAGUUAGUUAAUAGUUUAAUGUUAUCGCAUUAUAAUUGUGCAUCUAGUGCGAGUAUAUGGUGCAUAAGUGAGAGUUGUGAAUGACAAAUAACAGGUUGUUGAAGACAAGACACCGAAAUCGUUGCGAUUUUUAUUAUAUACAGUAUACUUUCCAAAUAGUGAAGAAAAAAAUCGUUGAAUACAAAAGAAUACAGUGUGUCCGGUGCAAACUCACGUUGUUAGUGAAUUACCACUAGAAUCCUCAGGCAAUACAGGCUGGGUGACUACAUUUCAAUCAGCAUGUGACCCACAUCUGAGAUUUCUCUUCCUUGUAUAUUGUUGCUUUACCAAUAUUAUCGCUCACCAACCUCAACGUCGCUGCUGCUGAGCUCAAUAUAAGGAGAUGAUCGACGAGCUACACUGGGGUAUCAGACAUGACAUUUUAUGAACUUGUCACGGUUGACUACAACCUGUGCACCUCAGGGGGGUCUAAGAAAAAACAAGAUUUCUGCAAACAUUAUUCAAAUAGCUGCGGUUCUUUCGUAUCAGCUUAAAGUCAUUAAAAAAUCCACACUGAAGUUCUAACAAGUGCCAAGUGAAGUUUGUGAGUAAUAUAAUUAAGUAAUUAAAUGAGAAAAAGUGAAAAUAAAUUUCAAGAGACAUUGCAGUGAAGUUUCAGUGGUAACCAAAAUGAGACUAUGGCAUCUUUGUAUCUCAUAAAGUAAACAAUGAAGUAGGAAUGGCUCAUGCAGAAAAUCACAGAUAUAUUGUGCAGGUCUUUGUGGGGGCACUCUCUGCACAAUAUGAGGCACUGUCAGUGGAGGCCUCCAAGCAGACCAGCUCAGAAGAGAUAGUUUGUUGCAUUGCUGACAAACUCAACUUGAAUGAUGGAUCUGGAGGUCCUUAUGAGCUGGCAGAGGUGGUCGGGGAUAUGGUCAGCGGCGAGUGCAAGGAGCGGCGGCUGGGGCCCAACGAGUCGCCCGUCGCCGUCAUGAUGCUGUGGCCGAACAACAACUCUGGCCAGUAUUACAGAUUUUAUUUGCGCGAAAAAAUUCCCGACGAGCCGUGGAUGGAAAACUUCUCAGUGGAUCCACAGUUGAUAAAGGAUUACUUCCAGCGAUUCCUCUACCAGCCCAAGGACCGGGAGUAUCCUGAUCUAUGCCAGCUGCCCGAGCUGAACGAACAGACCUUGCUAGAUAACCUGAGAGCCCGAUUUGCCGCUGGAUAUAUUUAUACGUACGUGGGGUCUAUAUUGAUAGCCCUCAACCCUUUCAAGUUUUAUCCGAUCUACAACCCGAAGUAUGUGAAGUUGUACCAGAACAAGCGGAUAGGGUCGACUCUUCCUCCGCACAUCUUCGCCGUCGCCGAUGCCGCGUACCACUGUAUGCUGAGGGAACGAACGAAUCAGUGCAUCGUAAUAAGCGGCGAAAGCGGCUCAGGAAAGACGGAGAGUACAAACUUUCUCCUCCAUCAUCUCACUGCACUAAGCCAAAAAGGAUCUCAUGGAAGUGGUGUCGAACAGACUAUUCUAAGUGCCGGACCAGUGCUAGAGGCGUUCGGUAACGCUAAAACGGCGCAUAACAACAAUUCGAGUCGAUUCGGCAAAUUCAUACAAGUGAACUACAAGGAAAAUGGUAUGGUGCACGGUGCUGUUGUUCAAAAAUAUCUGUUGGAAAAAUCUAGAAUAUGUAGCCAAGGUCGCAACGAGAGGAACUAUCAUGUUUUCUAUUAUCUGCUGGCUGGUGCCUCCGAGCAGGAGAAGGAACAGUUGCAUUUGCUCAGUGUGGACAAAUACAAUUAUCUGUCGAAGACAGGUUGUAGUGUAGUGCCUGGUGUUGAUGAACAAUAUGAGUUUUCGCGGUUAAAACAGUCCAUGGACAUGGUUGGGUUCACGCUGGAUAAGCAACGGCGGUUGUUUGCUGUCCUCUCCGCUGUUCUACUUCUAGGUAAUGUGGAAUUUCAACCACAACGCAAGUCCUACCACCACGACGAAGCUGUGGGGGUGCGCAACCCAGAGGUGGUGUCUCUCAUAUCAUCCCUUUUACGAGUGAAGCAAGAAACACUGCUCGCUGCGCUCACUUCCAAGAGGGCUAGGGCGUCUGGGGAGACACUUGUUAUUAACUAUAGGUUGCCAGAAGCGAUCGCGACCCGAGACGCGAUGGCAAAAUGCUUGUACGGUGCUCUGUUCGACUGGAUCGUGAUGCAGGUCAACCAUGCGCUGCUCUCGAAAAAGGACACUCUGCGGGAGCACCAGGGACAUAGUAUAGGCGUCCUCGACAUAUUCGGCUUCGAGGACUUUGGUCCGAGCAACAGUUUCGAGCAGCUCUGCAUCAACUACGCGAACGAGCACCUCCAGUACUACUUCAACCAACACGUGUUCAAAUACGAGCAAGAGGAGUAUAGGAGAGAAGGCAUUCGGUGGACGGAUAUAGGCUUCUCCGAUAACACCGGCUGUUUGCAACUUAUUGAGGGCAAGCCGGGGGGAUUGCUAUGUUUGUUGGAUGAUCAAUGCAAUUUUCCGUGGGCGACGAAUGAAACACUCCUACAGAAGUUUAAUUCCGUGCACGAAGACAAUCCUUUCUAUGAAAAGCCACAAAGACGAGAACCGGCAUUUGUUGUGAGACAUUACGCCGGCAGGGUCAAGUAUCAGGUAACAGCGAUGCGGGAAAAGAAUCUAGAUCUAAUGCGGCAGGACAUAGUGAGUGUACUAAAGAACUCCUCGCUGGCCUUUGUGAGGGAACUGGUGGGCGUGGACCCCGUCGCUGUGUUCCGAUGGGCCAUUGUACGAGCCUUCUUCAGAGGGUACUUCGCAUUCCAAGAAGCUGGUAGACGACAUCGAGUGAACAGGGUCGACGGCGCGGCGCGCGUUCCUAGAGUAUCCAUUCACGCUCCUAAUGACAGUAUUAUCAGCCAACUGGCGACAGUGUCGUCAAUCAAUCUCGCAAUCAACCGCAUUGCAGCGAGCAAGGCUCGGGUCGGCGAUAGUAAGCAGCGGGGCGAAGCGGCGGCGCGCGGGCGCGGGGGAGGGAAAAGUUACAGGAUCGCGGAGACGCGCACGCGCCGCCUCGAGCGCGAGCGCGACGAUCGCUUCGACGACGCCGACGUGCUGCAGCGCGCCAGCCUCAUUGUCAUGAAAAACAAGUCGUUCAGGCCCAGAGAGCGGGCAAAAAAAGGGUUGAAAAACUUGCAGAGUGUAAAGACGCUUGCGGGACGCACGGCCGCGCCCGCGGGAAAGAGAAAACAGCCCUUGACUGUGGCGGCUCAGUUCCAACACUCGCUCGCAGCGCUUAUGGAGACUUUAAAUCAAGCCAACCCAUUUUUUAUAAGAUGUAUAAAGUCAAACAGUGAUAAAGUACCAAAUGUGUUCGACGAGGAAACAGUGCAAAGACAACUGCGAUAUACAGGAAUGUUGGAAACGGUACGGAUCAGGCAGGCGGGAUACAACGUGCGCCUGACGUAUGAAGAGUUCAUACAGCUAUACCGUAUCCUGCUACCUAAGGGGUUGUUGAGUUCGCAGACUGAUGUACGACAUUUCCUAGCUACCCUAAAUCUAGAUAGAGAUAACUAUCAGCUGGGAGCAACAAAGAUCUUCAUGCGAGAAAGUGAGCAAACAAAACUGGAGUACCGCCUGCAUCAACAGAUAAUGGCGUCUAUCAUCACAAUCCAGAGAUGGUUCCGCGCGGUGCUUGAACGUCGCCGGUUUUUGGCGCUGCGACGCGCUUCGCUCGUUAUACAGGGAUACUGCAGGCAAUGGUUAGUACUGCGGCACGAGGCCGCGAUCCGAGUGCAAGCGUGGUUCCGCGGCAGUCGCGUGCGGCGAUGGUACCUGCGGCUGCGGGACGCCGUCAUACUCUUCCAAGCAGCCUCCCGAGGGUUCAUAUUGAGGAAGACUCUCCCUGAACUUAGGAGGAGGAUAACGCCAACAAGGACCAAGCAUGAGAGUAAACCCACACUCGCCCCAGACGCUGACGGCUUCAAGACCCGGCCGCCCAGUAUUGAACAGCUGAAGAAUAUUAUUGAUAAGCAACUAAAUAUGCUCAUACAAGAAGAAGCGGAAAAAACGAGACAGCUUCGAGCUACACAAUCACUGCCAAUAGCAAGUUUAGAGAAAAAACGCGAUAGCCUAAUAGAAAGCUCGACGGCGCAAACGUACAAUAAAAGAAGAGUGUCCAAAACGCAAAACAUUACGGAGUUGCCGUUGAAGCAAUCAAAUCCUAGUUUAAUCCACCAAGAAGCAAACGAAUCGUCGCCCGAUGAAAGUUGGAACGUGAAUACCAAUAAAUACCCUCAAGGCAUAGUUGCGUGGCCUAACAAGAUAACUGCGGAAGAUCUCGCCAAUGAACUACUAUGGCUCAGGAUCGACCAGAACUAUCUCAUGGCGGAGAAGAAUAAGAUUCGGGAGCGAGAAUUAGCUGAAUCAAUAGCGAGUAGUAGUGAAGAAUACCUCCGACAAGUUGGCGAUUGGAGUCCUGCGGAAAGUUCCGAUACUACUAAAAGCAGUUCUAGACGUACGUCUCCCCAAGUAUACCAGCGCAGUUUAUCCAGUACUACACUAGAGCCACCUGCCCGAACUCUUCACAGUUUGCCGCCGGUACGCCGGGACCCGAGAGACCAGCGCGAUUCACGUGACCAACGGGACCACCGGGACCCUCAUAGAAUUGAUACCAGUUCUGACUCAGUGUGCGUGCCCCUCUGUCGUACGGAAGGCCCACCCGCGCCGCCGGUGCGCGCCGCGCGUCGCUCGCCGCGCCGUCUGCCGCCCGACCGCGUGGACACCGAACCGCCUCCGCUCGCCAUACCACGCCAACCAGACCAUCUCGAUAUCAAACGUGCGGCGUCAGAAAUAUCAGUGGUGGGCAAUGAAACCCUGCGAAGACGAAACUCCGACCCCGCGCCGGACCCGCGAGCUCCCGUACGGUCUACGCCAGAUUACAUUGGUCAUACUGGCAAUGGACUGUUUGGCAUUGCAGGACACAGGUUUCGUAAAGGCACGAGAUUCGCGAAAGGGGAUAAAUGUGUCUACUGCCAUCAAGCUAUCGAUGCAUUCAUCACUCAGGGCCAGAGAUGUAUCGAUUGCAAACAGCUCUAUCACACUAAAUGCAUACAGAAUAAAGGUGUCAUCACAAUGCCUUGCCCCAGCCCCGUAACCGUGCCGACUAGAGGCCGUCACAAAAAUAGAAAACGAAUAAUGUUAAAUAAAGAGUCUCCUUAUAAUUUAACAACGGACCAUUCUAAAGGACCCGUUAGUUCGAAUUUCAAUUUGACCGGUACGUCCGAGUUUAUGGAUAGAACGGACAAGAUAAUAUCGGACGCUACGGAGUUGCAGGCAAUGCAAAACUUCAUCACUAAGAAAAUAUAUCUCAUGGAGUCAUCGGAAAACGAGAAACAGUCUGAGGUGGACAGGGUAUUCAAACAUGCGCUAAGAGAGUUCAAAGACAACCUAGUAGCAACAUACAGCGUAGUCGAAACUAGAGGCUCAGCGCUCAAGUACAAAGAUCUGAUCGGCAACUUCCUUCACGUGAUGGAGACGGUGUGUGCGAGGGAAGGCUCCACUCUAUCCAUCACGAUGGGAGUUAAUGCCUUUAGGGGGUUCAUGGAUGAGUUCAUGAGCCAACACGAGACGGAUAAGGCGAGGACGAAGAGAAAAAAGGAUAAGAAGAGAAAAUUGUCCCUCCGUUUCCAGGUGGACGACCCGAUCCAGUACAAAGGGCACACAUUCAUCCUGUCUAUGAUCAAUAUCCCUACCGAGUGUGAGAUUUGCAAGACCUUCUUCAUGUGGCCUAUCGAACGCUCGCUUAUUUGCCAGACGUGCAGGCUGGCGUCACACAAGAAGUGUUAUAUGAAGGUAAACACAAUGUGUCGGUCGGACUCAGGGUCGUCAUCGGCCGCCAUAGUGGGUGCAGUUGACGCGGGAGGUCGAGAACAAUUCGGCGUCGUUAAGAGAGGAAAGGUAUUCGGCAUACCGUUGAGUGAGCUUCCGACCGGAGAAGGCAAUAUCCCGCUUGUGGUGGACAGACUCUUCACGACCAUCGAGAUGACUGGACUCUACAUCGAAGGACUUUACAGGAAGAGUGGACUUAGUUCGAAGGUGCGCGAGCUGCGUCGGCUAUUGGACGAACGGCCCGAAGAAGGCGUGGAUCGACUGGACUCAUACGCGGUGCAUGUCCGCGCCUCCGUGCUCAAGUCCUUCUUCCGCGAGCUGCCCGAACCACUGCUCACCUUCGACCUCUACGACGACUUCAUACUAGCCGCUGAGAUAUCCGACCCGCAGGAACGAGUGUCCAGUAUCUUCACAAUAUUGAAGAAGCUACCCAAGGCUAAUUACGAUCUGGUUGAAAGACUGAUAUUCCACCUGGCGAGGGUGGCGUUAGGAGAACAUCACAACAGAAUGGGCCCGAACGCGUUGGCGAUAGUGUUCGCACCGUGCAUUCUACGAACGCACAAAGUGCAGCCCGCGCAGGAUUCCCUGCACGACAUCGCGCGCCAGACCGCCUGCCUUGAAGCCAUACUCAUCGACAAGCUAAGCAAUACGCGCGGCGCGUUGGCGGAGAUUGCGACGCUGGACGAAGCGAGCGCCACGGCGUCGGACCGCCUGGACAUCAUCCGCGCGCACAGCCUGCGCCCGAGGCCCGAGGAGCAGAUCCUAGAGGGACACAUCCACGAGAUCGAGAAAGAGAAGGCCAUCAUCACCUCCAACCUGCCUACGCUCGUCAGGGCGACAUCAGACGACGAUUUACUAUCAACCACAGACCACGACGGCGAGUUCGGCAGCACCGAUGACCUCAGCGGCGCUUCCUCGCUCCGCUCCCAGCGCCUGCUGCACCGCCAGCUGUCGUCCGACGACCCCAUCAUGGUGUAGACCCGCCCUUACACCACCGCCCCUUGGAUCCCCCGCAUGGACGCAAUCGUAGCAGUAGAAACUACUCCGGUCAACACUUAUGUAUGAGGUAAAUAACUGAAGACUGUCGAAUCAAGAUGCACCACAACAGUUUACUUUAGUAGUUAAUUUCCUAAUGGUACCCGCUCUAUCGGGUUUCGGCUAAUGUUUCGAGCCCGGGCUUUUACGAUAGUUCGGUUUUCGACACUAUGUGGGAUACGGGGAAUGUUUUGGGUUUGGCGAAUUUUUAAAUAACUUUGGCAGACGCGAGCUUUCUAUGACAGCGAAUAAUCCUUGUGUUGACGAAGAGAUAUAUCACGAAAAAACAAAGAAUUCCCGCGGUAUUUUAUCAAAAUCUAUAUAUUUUGCUCCAACCAUUCAUUCGAGUUGGUGCGAAUGUGUGGAAUGAUACGGUUGUCGCCGGCCACACAAUUCGCGAUCUCACGAAUCAUUUGCCGAAUGCUGAUAGUGGAGUCGAACCAUAAAAUUCCGCGUGAGAUUCGUAUUGUUCAAUAUGCUAGGUCUAUAGACCCUAUUACUAAAACCAAAAAUAUGAUAGAUUGAAUUGAUAAACAAUUAAGUGCCUGUAAUUAUUAUUUUUGGCGGUUAUAAUAUGAUGUUGCCUAAUUUCUGCGCAAAUGACUAAUACUCGUAUUAGGUGUCUAAACUAAUAUUAUCUGCCAAAUGUCAUGAUUCUAAGUCAACGGGAAGUAGCCUAUAGGUUUUUAUUGACAGACAGACAACGAAGUUAUCCUAUAAGGGUUCCUUUAUCCUUUUGACGUAUGGGACCCUAAAAAUCCUCUAGAAACUAACUUUUCGGGAAAAAAAGAAGCACACUUUUUUUCUACUUUCUUGGAAGGUCAUGAACAGUGCCAUCUAUGAGGCUUGUAUGACCGCCGGAAAGUUCCUCAUUACUAACACAGAUUGUAAAGACUAUUAGUGAAAUGACCGUCGAAAUGAUUUACGGGCACUAUUAUUAUCAAUAGAGCAAGGUCCCGGAACCGCCAGACCUUUCUUAUUUUCUGAGAAACAGAAAACACACAAACACACACGUCAGGCGACACUGGGAUCUUGGACAUGCAAAUAUUUUAUAGGUAUUUUAUGUAAUUUUUGAACCUUUUUUUGAAACGAAAGUCUUGCCAUACAAUUAUACUGAAAGUAAAUAUGAAAGAGUGUAUUUUAUUGAUUUUAAACUAAUGUUCAUACUAUAGAUUAAAUUUUUAAAUAAUGGCCUAAUAAACACGCAAAACUGUUUUGUUCGCCGUAAAAAAAACCUAUUGUGUUUAAUUCUGAUGUACACAAUCUCUAAACUAAUUUGACAGGUCUAAAAUUAGUGGGAUCCUUUUCCGUAGGGAGAGUUUUAAAAGAGAUACCAAUAUAUUUAGGACCAGUCAUUUCAGUUUAGUUUUGAAAUUGCAUACAACAGAAUUAGCUACAUGAUGUGCCAAUUUUCUUUUGGUAAUAAAAAACUUUUUAGCUUGUAACAGCUGUUUAAAUUUCUUUGAUGGUUUGGGAAUAGGACCUAUAAGACUAGAAAUUUUUAAUCUCCUAAAUAAUCAUGCAAGAAUUUAUUUAAAAUUUGUAAUAUUAUUUAGGUAUAUUAUUUUAAUAUAAGUAAUAUAUUAUAUUUAUUUAUAUUAACCAUUUUAAAUUACACUAUCCAUGGAGAGGAGAUUAUAGGACUCUCUCUCUGUUACAUAAUCCCAUACAAAUGACAAAGACAAAAAGUGGGCAUUAAACAUUUUGAGUGACCAACCUAUCACAAACGAGCCCAUGUUUUGCGUACCAACUUGUUUCCGUGGAUAGAAUAGUACGGAAAACAUAA